UCCACUAUCAUCCAUUCUCUCACUCACCCACUAUAAAUUCACACUCCUUCCCCUCAAUAAGGUAAAACACUCCUCCCUCAUUCCCUACAACCUCCAAUCAUGAGGAAAACUCAACCACUCCCUCUACUCCUCUCCCUCCUAGUAUCCCUUCUCUGCCUCUACCCUUCUCAAGGGUACACCCUUAAUUGUGGCUCCUCCGACCAUAGCUCCACCCUUGAGGUCAUGCACAUCUACAGCCCAUGCUCCCCUUUCCGGCCCAAAAAAGCCCUUUCUUGGGAACAAACCAUCCUCGACAUGGCCGCGAAAGACGAAGCUCGGCUCCUUUUUCUCUCCAAUCUCGCCGUUGGUCGGAGAUCGAUGGUCCCAAUUGCCUCCGGCCGGCAGAUAAUCCAAAGCCCAACCUACAUUGUCCGGGCCAACUUUGGAACCCCGGCCCAGCCCAUGUUUGUGGCUAUGGACACAAGCAGUGAUGUUGCAUGGGUACCAUGCACCGGCUGUGUAGGAUGUUCUUCCAGCGUCUUUAACACUGCCAAGUCAACAACUUACAAACCCGUUGGAUGCUCCGCCCCGCAAUGCAAGCAGGUUCCAAACCCGACUUGUGGUGGCGCCGCUUGCUCUUUUAACCUCACAUACGGCUCCGCCACCAUCGCCGCCACCGUCACGCAAGACACGUUAGCCCUUGCCCAAGACCCCGUCCCCAACUACUCAUUCGGCUGCAUUAAAGCAGCCGCCGGAAAUCCAGUGCCGCCUCAGGGCUUGCUCGGACUCGGGCGGGGCCCCAUGUCACUUCUUUCUCAAACCAAAUCCCUUUACCAAUCCACCUUCUCCUACUGCUUACCCGACUUCCGAUCCACCAACUUUUCGGGUUCACUCCGGCUCGGACCGGUUUCUCAACCACAACGAAUUAAAUUCACCCCUCUUCUCACCAACCCAAGAAGGUCCUCCCUCUACUACGUCAACAUGAUUGGCAUCAGUGUUGGCCGCCGGCAAGUCACCAUCCCACAAAGCGCAUUGGGGUUCAACCCAACCACCGGUGCCGGAACCGUCUUCGACUCUGGCACAGUGUUCACCCGGCUGGUCCAACCAGCCUACAUUGCAGUGAGAGACGAGUUCCGGCGACGGGUCAAGGCCGGACCGGUGUCGGCAUUGGGUGGGUUCGACACCUGUUAUUCGCAGCAGGUGGUGUCGCCGAAGAUAACAUUCCAUUUUACGGGAAUGAACGUGACAAUGCCGCCAGAGAACUUUUUGAUACACAGUACGGCCGGGAGUAUAACUUGCUUGGCCAUGGCGGGUUCGCCGGAUAAUGUGAAUUCGGUGCUGAAUGUGAUAGCGAACAUGCAGCAGCAGAACCAUAGGGUACUUUACGAUGUGCCCAACUCGAGGUUAGGGGUGGCACGUGAACCCUGUACCCGUUAAGAGAGAGAGAGGCUGUGAGACUUGUGAGCUAGUUUUGGUUUUUUCUUGUUUUGAGGAUAUGUGUCGGUGGGGGAGACAAGAUGGGGCAGGGGUGGUUUGAUUGUUAGUGUAGUUUUUUUUUUUUUUUUUUGGGGUGGGGGGCUGGGUUUGGUUAUUGAGAAAUAAAAUCUCCUAGUGGAUGCUUUUUGUGUGUGUGUGUGUGGGCGAGAGGGGGGUUGUUGUAGAGUCUUAUUAUCUUUAUUUAGUCAAUGUUUACUUUUUUUUUAAGGAUAUGAUGAGUAUGAUUAUCUUAAAGGGAAAGAAUAAAGUAUGGACUAGAAGAUUGCUUAAGAAUGAA